AUGCCUCCUCAGGCAAUUCCAACACCAUUUGCAUCCGAGAUAGGCUCCCGCAUCUACCAGACUGCUUCGCCCACAGGCCCCGUAGUCUCAUCUGUACCCACAGCUCCCGCGUCCUCUGAUGACACCGACCGGAACAGUCGUGCCUGGAGUAACUAUCUCUAUAUAGUCGUCAUCUUCGCGGUUGUCUUCCUCCUCCUUGGCUUGCUCUACCGACGCAAGCGACGAAACUUGGCCGCCUCCACCUUUCCACGCAAUCGCUUCCAAGCAUUCCAUACACAUCAUCCUUCUCAAAGCAGAGACCUCUCAGCCGUACAAGCCAACAACCGGGUAUGGAGAAACAUGCGUGCUGGGCCUUUCAGUCAUCAUGCAAGAAUGGACUCUGCGGGUACGAGAAGACCAGGGACCUCCGGUACGGGCAGCAGAAGUAGAGUGGAUCUUGAUGAGGAGGUUCCGCCACCUUAUGUGGUGGCAGAGCCAGAAAGGACGUUAGAUAGGGGUCCAUCGACGAGGGAGACGAGGGGUUGGCCCGAUCGGAGGACGAGGGGCGACCUGGAUAUGAAUGAUUUACUGAGAGAACGAGAAGCAGGCUCCAUCAACAAGCCGCCUGGAUAUCAAGAAAGAGACAUUACGAGGAGGGAUGGGUGA